ACUGCCCAAGUGGCGACAGAACUGAGCAGAGACAAGUAUAAAAAACGGUGAAGAUGGCUCAGUUGUUACAGUAGCUUCUUUUCGUGCAACACGUGCUUCGCUACAGUUAAUUCGCAAACAUGUUGUUGUUGAUUGUAUUCUCUUCACUGGCAUGUCUUCAAGCAGCAGUUCAUGGUCUUAACAACUGCACAGUGCCGGAGGCGGUGACCAACCUGAGAGCACACAACACCACCUCCACCACGACCCUCCUGACCUGGGACCCGCCGGCCUCCACCGCCUGCCUGGACCACUACAGGCUGAGGCACUGCUCCUUCCUCGACGUCAUGGACACCCAGUGUGUCUUCAAGGCCGUGACGCUGCCCUUGAACGCCACGAGCUACGAGGUAGAGCAGCUCGAGCCAUGCAGAGACAACCUCAUAUGGCUGCACUCUGUGGGCGCGGGGGGAGAGAACCAGGCUGGCCUCCUCGUGCACACAGGCAGUGGCGACCCGCCAAGAGUGGACCGGUUCUCCGUGAGCGAAGUGAAUGCCACUUACAUCGUCUUGGAUUGGGACCUCCCCGUUGGCUACAAUGAGAAUUGCUGCCCCGGGUUCAGGGUAUGCUACUUGGCCGAGGGCGAAGAGAGAGAGAUCUGCAGUUACACCAAUAAGAACACAAUCUCCACAGAGAACAUGGCCCUCCUGUCCCCGUGCACGGAGUACAACGUCAGCGUGGUUACCAUCGACGGUAGCUUCGCCACCGACAGCAAGACUUCUGCGAAGUCCCUCCUCUCUGUCGUCACAGCUCCUCAGAUGCCCAGCAUCGUCGCCACGGAGGUGCGGAACCAGACCGCCGGCCUGUCCUGGCGAGAGCCCGACGCGCUCAGCAUGUCCUGCGCCACCGGGUACCAGGUCACCAACUGCCGCUACCCGGACACCUUCCUGCCGCUCGCCUGCGACGUGGUGUGGUCGGAGGACCUGCCGCCCAACUCCACCUCCGCCACGGUGUCGGGCCUGGGCGGCUGCCGCAGCAACCACGUCUCCGUCAGCCUGGUCGGCCGCAACGGGUACUCCACCUCCAGCCAGGCGGUCGUCCAGGACCGAGACACCGAAAUCCCAGUUCCAUCGAUCAUAAGUGUCAUACCUACGACAAGCUUGCUUGAUAUUUACUACGAGGUUCUGCCGGACUGCGUAACCGCAUAUAGUAUAUGCUGGGGCAUGGAAGACAGGGCAGAGACAUGUCGCAACACCAGCAAAUCAUACGGAACCACCUUCCGAGGUCUCAGCCUGGACCCCUGCUCCAACUACACGUUGAACGUUACUGCAUUUGGCUGGAAUGGCAAGUCCUCCAGGAACUUCACCACCACCUUCUCCACAGGUCCGGAUAGUGCCCCUAGCCUCUCCGUUCAGCAGCUGACGCCUCACUCGGCGCUGCUGACGUGGGGGUCGUCGCCAUCUGCCCAGAAGUGCGGCCUCAGCUAUGACAUCCACGUGUACGGCCAUAUCUCCGGGAAUGCCCGGAUCCAAGUGCCGAUCAACGACACCAGCUACAACAUCACAGGCCUCAACGCCUGCACCCAAUACAUAGCCUCCUUCUACACCCGUAGCUUCGGCGUCUCCUCGUCCGACACAACAGAAAUAGUUUUCCGCACUCAGCUGGGAGAAUUGCAGCCGAUUAAACAAGAUUUGACAUUCGAUUACAUAAACAGCGAUAUGAUUUUAAUGACUUUUGUGGGGAUUCCCUCAAAUGAAUGGGACUGCAUAAGCACAUACAUCACUUGCUGGCGGGAGGUGGCAGUACCCCAGGAGCAUCAAGAGUGCAGUAGUACCACCACAUGGGACACAACUGCUUUAAAGGCUUGUGUGAAUUACACCUUUGUGGCGAAUGUGACCACAAAUUCUCAGCAAACUGUGUCUGGUUCUACCACAUUCAUGCUAGGUCCGAAGAAGGUCACCAACGUGAAGGUGGUCGAGGAUGCUGGAUCGAGGAUAGUCAAUGUGUCGUGGACGAAUCCCCACAACAAUGGCCUGUGCACAGAGUACAUCCAGGUCACGACUGCAAGGGACGAUUUGACAAGAUUUCUGUGGUGAAGAUAGCUGGAGAUGCGACAUCGAUCACACUGACCAACCUGACAAUGUGCACCACAUACCUCAUCAAGGUCAAGCCUGUGGCCAGUUUCAUCGACUCCAUGAGCGAUUACCUCAUCAGUUACACCACCAGUUGCGACAAUGAUGCUGCAUCAUUGUCCUGAAGACACACUCUUCUGAUUAUUUUUUGUUGUAACAAUUUAUAAAAUAAAAAUAAGCUUAUCUAGAAUAACAUAA